ACGAAGUAACGACACUAAGACGCGAAAAACCGAGUACAUUGAUCAGAGUCCAAUACUCAUAGGUUGACCUCAAAGCCCGACGCCGCUCGGCUGGACGUCGCCCUAUGCAACGUUGACGUAUGAAUUGAGAAGCAACACGAAAGCAAUUACGACCGCUCAACAGCGCCCCAAGACCAUGACAACAGGUCUUCUGUACGGCUCCCCGUAUUCUCGAGCAUCACGACAAAACGAGGAAGAUCUAGUGUCAAUGCUAUCACCAGUGGAAACAACGACUCCGGAACAGUCCUACCCGAUCAAUCACCGAAAGCCUUCUUCCGAGGAUGGUAUGUCCCAGCGCACACCCUCAUGGCUUGUAUCGCCACCCGAGCCGCAAGACCUUGGCCUGUAUGAACAACAACGGGUUUCAUCUCCCACGCCAAACAUGGGGUUCUCGGUCUUUGGGGAUAGAGCAAGGUCGCAGAGUCCAUAUCAAGAACAGGUCGCGUGGGCAAAUUCAACUCAAUUCAGAUCGGCACCUGCAGAGCCAAAGCCGCAGAUGGUGCAGACCACGUUCCUGACCACCGACGAGGAGGCGCCUCCCCAGUCGCACAGAUAUUUCCGCCAUCCUCGCCACAUGCUCGAACCUUGGAUGGCUGGUGUUUGGAUACGAUUUCCUUGGUGGGGGGCUGGAGCUCUCUUUCUCGUCGUGCUGUUGACCGGUGCGUCCGCUGGUAUACUUCUGGCAAGCCACGGUACAACCGUGGACGACUGGAAGGUCGGACACGACAAUGCCCAACCGCAUGUCUACAUCUCCGUAUUCGAGAUGGCAAUGAAUUUCCUAAUCUUAUUCGCGCUAGUGGAAGGUGUGGUGCUUCGGUUCUGGCGACAGCUACUACACGGGACCACGCUUGACUCUAUCCACGACACCUACGAGUCGAUGUAUUUGUGGUCUGCUAUCAAGAGAAUUGUACGUCUGAAUUUUAACCUUGUUGCAGUAGCAUGCAUAGUGGCAUCAGUAUCAUUUUCAAGGGGACCUUUGUUCCACCGCGCUUUGACAAUUGUCGACAACAGUAUCCCUGUAACCGGAUACCGUACGCUUCCCAUCUACCACAUAUCUUCUCUGCUCGUCGCGCUAGGGGUUGUCUUCUCAUUGAUCGGCGUCGUGGCCGUCGUACCCCUCUACUACGGCUUCUGGGAGAUGGGCCGCAAAGUCAGCUUGAAUCCGUUAGAGAUUGCUCGGGCGUUUGGAGCACCGUUCAUGGAGGGUUUGGAUGGAAACACUACGCCUGAUAUGAUCAGUGUGGAGCGUGGAGGGAUGGGUGUGAAGUAUGGGGCGUUGGACAGGUAUGGGGAGCAGAAAAAGCUCAGAGUGGAGGAGAGUGGGAAGGUGACGGUCAGGAUGCCUUGGCAGGGCGAGAUAUUUGAGUAG